AACUGCUGCCUCUAUCAGAUUCACACACGGAAGCUUUGAAUUAGCCGCAGUUAUUUUCAGUGCUCAAUCUAACUAAGUCUAGUGCCAUUGACAAGGCUGAAGACUGAUGUUAUCAGAGUACAUUGUACAGCCUAGUAGCCUAAUCGACGGUCGUUCUUCGAGGCAGUCUGCAUUGAAUUACUUAUAACGAAUGAACGCAGCAGGAAGGUCAGAAUUAGCCUACAUUGCAACUCACCGCAGCGCGGGCUGGAACGCAGACUGCACCAUGAGUUCCAGUUCACUAGCAGAAGACUGAUCUAAGCCAAAUUCAUCAUACGGUGGUAGAGGUCUCCCGUAGGCACAUAUCCAGGAUCAGUUCACCGUCCCAACUAUCCAGACUCUAAAAUGCAAAACUGAUCUUAUAUCAGCGUAUAGGGCCAACUUCAUCCCAAUCCCCAGCAGCCAUGGCAGGGUUCAAGAGGGGUCACGAUGGGAAGAUCGCCGGGCUCUACGACCUGGACAAGACGUUGGGACGAGGACACUUUGCCGUGGUCAAACUAGCACGCCACGUCUUCACGGGAGAAAAGGUAGCCGUGAAGGUGAUCGAUAAGUCCAGACUGGACCCAGUAGCCAGAGCUCACCUGUUCCAGGAGGUCAGGUGUAUGAAGCUGGUGCAACACCCCAACGUGGUGCGUCUGUAUGAGGUCAUCGACACGCAGACCAAGCUCUACCUAAUCCUGGAGCUGGGUGAUGGAGGGGACAUGUACGACUGCAUCAUGAAGCACGACGGAGGACUCACAGAGGAGGUGGCGAAGCGUUACUUUGCCCAGAUCGUCCAUGCCAUCUCCUACUGCCACCAGCUCCACGUGGUGCACCGUGACCUGAAGCCAGAGAACGUGGUGUUCUUUGAGAAGCAGGGCCUGGUCAAGCUCACUGAUUUUGGCUUCAGCAACAAGUUCCAGCCAGGGGAGAACCUGGCCACCUCCUGUGGCUCUCUGGCCUACUCUGCUCCAGAGAUACUGCUGGGAGAUGAAUAUGACGCGCCCGCUGUGGAUAUCUGGAGUCUGGGGGUGAUUCUGUUCAUGUUGGUGUGUGGCCAUCCACCCUUUCAGGAGGCCAACGACAGUGAGACCCUCACCAUGAUCAUGGACUGUAAAUAUACAGUAGCAUCACACAUCUCCUCAGCCUGCAGAGAUCUGAUUGACUGUAUGCUGCAGAGAGAUCCUAAGAGGCGGGCCACUGUGGAGCUGAUCCAGGGCCAUGAUUGGCUGCAGGGAGUCGACCCCUCCCCUGCCACCAAGCUGACCACACCCCUGGUGUCGUACAGGAGCCUAUCAGAGGAGGAGCACGGCAGUAUCAUCCAACGAAUGGCACUAGGUGGCAUCGCAGACAGGGACACCGUCACAGAAGCCUUGGAGUCUGACCAGUAUAACCACAUCACAGCUACAUAUUUCCUGCUGGCAGAGAGGAUACUGAGGGAGAAACAGGAGAGAGAGCAGAACAACCACACAUGGUCCAGCCCCAGUCACAAGGCCCAGUUCAGGCAGUCUUGGCCCACCAGAGUGGACGUGCACCAGGACAUGGGGGACGGUUUGGGGGGUACCCUCAUCUCCCACCCAGGGGGCCCCCAGUCCCCCGCCCGCAGUGCUGAGAGCCUGGUCCACCACGGACCCAGACCCAAAACAUCCCUACUGGACCUCAACCACAGACGGUUGGACAAUAACACACAACCCACACACACUCUGACCCUCCAGGCUGAUGACACACACACUACACACAAAGCACUCCCUCCUGUUGAUUCAACCAGAGAGCACCAGGACAGGGGCCUCCGGCCUCCAGUCAAGCCCCACUCCAUCCCCCUCAGGCUGGGCUCCCUGGCCUCCCCCACCCCCUCUAAACCACGGAGCCCCAGCCUCUUCAGCCUAGAUGAGGAGGAGGAAGAUGAGGAGGAGGAUGAGGAGGAUUCGUCUCCCUCGGUUCUCCCUUCUCAGGUGGUUCUCCGGCAUAACAUUGCCUCAUCUUCAUCCUCUUCCUCCCCUUCCUCUGUCUCUAACCGACUGACUUCUCGUAAGAGUGCACCCGUCCUCAACCAGAUACACGAGGAGGAAGGAGAGGAUGAGGAAGUAGAGAAGGAUAACAAGGAGAAGGAAGGAAUGAUAGAAGGAAAGAAGUGUGUGUUCAAGCCAGAACAAGCUUUCCUCAGCCUCCACACUGGGAUGUUGACGUCGCCAGGUGUGUCGUCCCCAGCAACGGUUACCAAGGUGGCAACAGUUGCCAUGGCGUCUCCCACCUCAGAGAGGAGAGAUGACAAUGACUCUGUGAGCCAGCGGAGACCGGACAUGGACACGACAGGACCAAGACAAGGAAGACCUAGCUUUGCCAGUGGUGGGGGAGACAGAGGUUGGAGUGGGGGAGACAGAGGAAGAGACAGCCCCUCUGCUGAUGGCUCAGGUACGGGGGCAGGACUAGGCUCAGCCAAAGCAGCCAGCGGAUUGGUGGAGAGCCUGAAGCUGAUGAGCCUAUGCCUGAGCUCCCAGUUCCACAGCCUGACAGCUGGGGGAGGAGGGGUAAGGGGGGGGAGCUUGGACCACCAGGACCAGCCAGUGUGGAGGAUGUGUAUGGGGGGCUCUACAGGCAGCCUGGAUAAGGUCUCUCUCCUGGGGGGUCCGUCGCCCGGGGGGACCCACCACCUCCAGCACCACCCCCUUGACCACUUCUCUGACCCACAGUUCGAGGCCCCGUCCUCGGGCACACUGAGGCUGGGUGAGCUGGACCUGGCCAGGGAGCAUCACCAGAACCUGAAGAACAGAGUGCUACAGAUGCCUCUCAGUGAUAAGACUAUGUCAGUUAAUAUACACAGGAGCCCCAAAGAGGGUCUGCUCUGUCCCCCUUCACCGCACAGCUGCUGCCAAGUCAUAUAGACCACAUCUAUCAUCCUUUCCACCCCCCCUUCCUGAGAUGGAACAACAUAAUUAUAGUUGCACAAUGACAAUCUUUAGUUCAUCCAUGUUUUUAGACAAUCAUAUUUCAGUUAUUUUAAUGCUGACUGAAAAUAGGUGGGGACAUGACCUUGUGUUGUGAAUGAAAUGAGAAGUUUAAAAGAUAAUAUCAUAUUAACCAUCAGGGCAUCUGCUGUAAUUGGUUGAAAUGCAGUCUGUUACAACUACAUUCUCUUCACAGUUUCUGUUGUUAGUCUUGGACAGACACACACAAACACUCUCCAUUUGUGACUCUGUAAAUAUGUGUAAAUACAAAGUAGUACUUUAGUAGUACAGUACUUCUAUUAGCAGUGCUUCCAGUAGAGCUGUGAUGAGUUCUAGUCAGACCCUGACCACUAUCAGGGUUGGGCUCAAUGCCAUUUAAAUUCAGUCAAUUCAGACAGAAUUUUGUCAUAAAGAAGAUUUGAGGAAAAUUGGACUUGGAAUUUCCGUUUACUUCCUUAUUUGACUGAAUUGAAAUUUAAUUGACCCCAACCGUGACCACUACAACCCCGUAGAGUGUUCCAAGCCAAGACAUUAACAGUAUCACCCCUGCAAGUGUUGCUCUGUUGUGACGGUGUUUGACAUAUUCUUGUGCGAUAUCUAACUAUCUAAGUAUGUAGUUGCCAGUGCAUGUGUUCUAUUGUACAAGACGACUUCUAGAGUUUAAACAUCCACCUGGGGACUGUUCCAGUAAGCAGGAUCAAUGAUUUAGCCAGCUAACUGUCCUAAAUAUUCUAAAAUAACUUCAUAUUUUCCAGAAAUAUAGAUUUGAAAUUAGCAUGGUGUAAUUGACUUGACAACCAACAACAGUUUAGCUUUCAAAAUGAACCAGAAAAAUUAUGAUAUAUAUAUAUAUAUAUAUAUAUAUGACUGUUUUUACAGUUAGCUGGCUAACUUAAUGACACUGCUUUCUAGAACACCCUACCUGUACUGCACUAUGACACUGUAAUGGCCUAAAACUAUGUCACUCCGCCUCACACAACAAAUUGUACAACAACAACCACAACAAUAUAUAUUCCAAUAGAUAUGUAUUGAGCCUAAUGUACUGUACUGUAUAUGGUAAUGUAUAAAAAUAAACUGUUGUGAAUAAGAA